UUUUGAUUGAUUCUGAAAUUGAGGUUAUAUUAUGAUUGGGAUUGAGAUGUUUAUAAUUCCUCUUGGCGAUUUGGUGAAUCUGAUUUCUGAUGAUGGCAAAAUCAUUAUUCAUAUCUUUGAUAAGGUCAUAAGGAUGAUUAUAUGAUUAUAAAUAUAACUAGGAGUAAUGGACGCUUCGAAUGAAGUUCUUAUGCAAGCUGUAUAUGAAAAUGAUAUGACCCUUGUAACCUGCUUUUUAUCCAGAGGUAUUAAUAUAAACAAGAUUUGUUCAAAUGGCAUGACUUUACUUGGAGCAGCUGCACAAACUGGGAACUUAUCAUUAUUCAAAGUUUUACUGGAUUACCACAACUCCUCAAUGAAAUUGGAUAUCAAAAAUGAUAAUUUUUGCAAGCCACAGUUUCUGCAACUUGAUGCAGUAGGCCACAAGAGGUUCAAAAAUAUUGGUUAUUUUGUGGUUUGUAGAGAUGCAGAAGAAAAUGAAUUUGGAGAUGGACCUACUCCUGAUGGUAUGGAAGCAUUGGAAUGGGACAUGGAAGUCAAUGAGAGCAGUUUCCCUGCAGAAGAGACAUGCCUGGACGACGGCGACCUGAACUUGUACAAGUGGUACGCCAACAUCCUGAACCGCACGUCACUGGUGCUGGAGUCACCGGAGCGCGACUUGGGCCGGCUCGACCGCCAUGGCCAGAGCGUCCUCCAUUACGCCGUCAACUCGGGCAGCGUCGAGAUGGUCGAAUGCGUCGUCGCGGCGCUCGGUGACGGCUCGGCCGUCAACCAGAACGACGCAUGUUGUUUCAGCCCGUUGCACAUGGCGGCAGCCAAAGGAGACGGCGAAAUGGUCAGGUGGUUGUUGAAGAGAGGAGCCAAUGUGAAGGCUAUUGGAGGUCGACAUAGGCAGAGUGCGCUUCAUGUGGCUACCAGGGGUACUCGGUUAGAUGUUAUCAGGAUACUUGUUGAAGCAGGUGCAGAUAUAAAUGCAGUUGAUAUUGAGGAACGUUCAGUAUUAACCUCAGCUGUUCGUCAAGGUUGUGAUGAAAUUGUGAGAUACCUGAUACAAAAAGGCGCCCGUGUUAACCAUGAAGAACCAGGUAGUGUUACAGCACUACGUCUAGCCGUUUGGGCGAACAGUUUACCUGUGGCAAAAGUGCUGUUGGAAGGAGGUGCCAGGAUCAUACAUUCCCAUCAUUUAGUUCAUACGGCAGUGUCUAAUAAUAAUCUAGAAAUGGUCAAAAUGCUGGUUGAUUCAUGUGCCAUGUUGAAUACUAGAGAUGAUCAGGGAUAUACUCCACUAAUGUUGUCAUGUUCGAGAAAAAACAUAUCCAUAGCAAGAUACCUACUUGCCCACGGUGCAGAUGCAAACGUCACUAGCCACAUAGACGGCAAAACAGCCCUCCACGUCUGCGUGCAAGACGUUCGCGAGACCAAAAGUGCGCAGCAACUGAUCGAACUCCUAGUCGGCUAUGGAGCCGACAUGAACGCAUCGAGUUACCAAGGCAACGUUCUCUUCUACUCCAUCAUACUGGAGAACCGAAGCGCCGCCGCUACUCUCGUCCAACAUGGCGCCGAUGUCAACCUCAGGGACGAACGCGCCUACGUGGAUAACUUGAGCUUGGCAAAAAGGCACGGCGACCUGGAUUUGGUCAGGUUGCUGGUUUUCGGCGGGUUCAGGUUGUCGGAAAUGACGUGGGAACCUCGCGCCUUGAGGACGCAGUCGUCUGAUCCCGCCUGUGACUUUCUGGUCGCUGUCAAAACGAAUCCUUUGAGCCUCAGGGAGCUGUGCAGGAUAACUGUUAGGAAGAAAAUGGGGACCAAGAAGUUGAUAGCACGAAUUUCCUCACUGCCUUUGCCUACUGUAUUACAGAAAUAUUUAGCGUUAGAGAUUCUGUAAGGUUUGAAAACGGCUCUAUGAUCUCACGGAUAGAAAUUUUUGUAUAAUCUAGUCAUUCAGUAUUAUUUUAUUUCAUAUCUUGUGAUAUAUUGAUGUAUAAAAUAGUUUAAUUUAUAGAUGAUUAAAGAAGUCGUAGUUUUUGUGACACUUGA